ACGAAUGGUGGAGAGGAAAGAAGAAGACCUUGAAAGGGACUUCCAGACGGUGCGAGACAGUUUCACUGACCAAUACAGAGAACUGGACGAGCUGCUGAAUGGCAACAAAGAACAGGCCAUCACACUGUUGGAGGCCCAGAGGCAAGGCCAGCAGAAGCACCUGUAUGUUCUGGCCGAGGAGGGUGACCGCUACAAGACACGGGCCAACCACCUGCAGACGCUAAUAGCAGAUUUGGGGAAAAGGGUGUCGUCACAAGACAACUCUUCUACAUGCAUUCUGCAUGAAAUUCAGGCACAUCAAAGCAGGUCUGCACAUUUGUAUCACCCAGGAUGCAUGACAAUAUUACUAUUAAGUCAACUGGACCUCUUUAAAGAUGAAACUAUUUUCUCAAUUUCUCAAUCUUACAGUGUCAACCUUAUUGAUGAAUUCUACAAGAAAGUCAACCAAAAAAGCAUGGUUGACAAAUCAAGGUUGGAGGCCCUGGAGAAAUCCAUCCAGCGUAUCGUUGAUGAAAUCGGUGAAAACUUCCCUCAACCAUGGCAAUAUUAUGAGGACCUCACUUUUAAUCAUCAUGAUCCUGACAAAGCAGACGGUAGCCUGAUGAUAUCUGAUUCCCAAAUCAGCGUCAGCCCCCACCGCUCGUCCCCCAAAGUCCCGUACCAGACUAAAGAAACCCCGUUCUACAUCCUGGCCAAGCAGUGCUGGAAGACGGGGCGCCACUACUGGGAGGUGGACGUGGGGCACUGCCGCACCUGGGCAGCUGGUGUUGUGGAGCUGGCCAAUGGCAGCCGGCCGCCAUCACAAGCCACACUAAUGCGCCUGGGACGCAACAAGAGGUCGUGGAUGCUGGAGUCUGAGGACGGGGAGCUGACCGCUCUGCACAACGACAACCUGAGCAAGAUGAAGAAGCAGGAAGUGACACGACUCGGGGUUGACCUGGACAUUAACAAAAAAAAGAGCGGCAUGCUGACCUUCUACGAUGUGGGCAGUGGCGCGGUCCUGCACACAUUCUGCCUGCACUUCAAGAAGAGCUUGUUCCCCGCCUUCAGUCUGACCAGAGUGGACGGCCAGGUCCAGAGUCUGCUGCUCUGCAAUCUGGGCCUCAGGACGGAGAGCGAGUAUGAUGGGGUCGAGACUCUUGCUCAGACACAUGGGAGUCAUUUUAGACAGUAG